GGGGGGGGAAGAUGGGGCUCCAGUUCAGAUCAGAACUGGAAGCAACGAACUUUGUGUGUACAGAAUAGAAAUUGAGCUGAAUUGCGAUUGAAGCUUUGAAAAUUUGAUUGAUUUCGGUAAGGAACAUCCCUUACCAUCAACAACCAUGUGGAGGUCACCUCGAAUCUCUUACCUCGUUGGUAGAUUGAGUAAAUUAAAAGUAAGUAAUGUCGAGGUUAAGCAUGGGCGUUGCUGUUACAGUCUAAUGUCGCCUCCUCCUCCACCCGAUUUGACGACUUCAAAGCCACAGACAAAACUUCAUCCUCCUUAUCACAACGCUGGAGAGAUACCAAAGAAUUAUAUUGGGGAAAAUGUAUCUAGAAAAGACAAGAACAAGUAUCUUCUCACUACACUUCUUGAUCUCAACGACAGCAAGGAGGCUAUUUAUGGUGCUCUUGAUGCCUGGGUUGCCUGGGAGAAAAAUUUUCCCAUCGCCUCAUUAAAAACGAUAUUGAAUGCUCUUGAAAAGGAGCAGCAGUGGCAUAGGGUUGUUCAGGUAAUUAAAUGGAUGCUGAGCAAGGGGCAGGGGACCACAAUGGGAACAUAUGGUCAAUUGAUACGAGCUUUAGAUAUGGACCAUAGAGUGGGGGAAGCACAGAAAUUCUGGGAAAUGAAAAUUGGGACUGAUUUACAUUCAGUUCCUUGGCAGUUGUGCCAUCUCAUGAUAUCAGUAUAUUAUCGAAACAACAUGCUGGAAGAUCUUAUUGGGCUUUUUAAGGGACUGGAAGCUUUUGAUCGUAAACCUCGGGAUAAAUCUAUCAUUCAGAAAGUGGCAAAUGCAUAUGAGAUGUUAGGCGUAGUUAAAGAGAAAGAGAGGGUGCUGGAGAAAUAUAGUUAUCUGUUCACAAAGGAAGGACCAACCAAUAAAAAUAGAACGAACUCGCGUGAGGUAAAGAAGAAAGGGCAACAAGAGGAAUCCAGAAAGGUCUCACCUGUGGAAAAGGAGAAAUCAGACCAAAAUUUUCAGGUCUGAGCUGCACUGCUACUUAAAGUUUCGUUUCAGAAGAAAUGCAUUUCUGUUUCUGGACAGAAAACUAAUUCCAGUCUGUCCUACUCACCAGCUGAAUUUUCUGAAGAAAGAACCUGAGGCUGUUUAUUUUUUGACUGCUUGAAUUCUUAAAGCGAGAUUUCAUGAAUUGCCGCAGGAUGUCUGAGGAUUCAAGUGUUCUAUUGCUUCUAAUAUCAUAAGCCAACAUCAUCCAAUUUUUCCUUUUUUUUUUUCCCGAGCCUGGUAAAACUAGAAGGAAAGCAAACAGAUUUGUAGUGCAUCAUGCACCUGGGCCACAUGUACAAGGUAUUACGAUUUAAAAAAUAGUAGUGUCAAGUGCAGCAUGUAGAAAAGUUGACUGGGUAUCAGCUCUACUCUACAAUGUUCGAUUACUAAGUCCUUUGUGUUGCGUGGAUUCUAGUGUGCUACUUGUGUCAAGGGAAGAACUAUAAGUUCACCAACUGAAUAUUUCACGUCAAGUGUGUUUUCCGUUAUGUAUUUGACCGAAGUUCCUCCAAGUUCAGCUAUUAUGUGAUCACGUAGUUAUCACUUUUUUUUAAUGGAUGACUUAUAAAGACGAUGUUUGGUAGAGGAGUUUUUUUUAGAUUCCC